UAGUAACCCGCUUGCGUGAUUUGCACGAGAUACAAGGAUACAAAUUCCCAUGCUGCGGCGACAGGAUCUUCAUUGCUCACCAGAGAAUGGUUGACAGCUGAUCGCCGAAAUGCUCUCAUCAUUGGGGUGGAUGCGUACAUUCCAUGCUUUGAUUAUGUGCUAUUUAUUUACGAACUGUUUUGCCGAACCUCCUGUAUUCAUAAACGAUGAAAGUGACAAAGAAAUCUUGGAUACAUUGCUACUUAAAAGCGGUUAUGAUAAAAGAAUUAGGCCUGAAGCUCUCACAAAUAUCACAAUCAACGUCCUACUCCAUUCUCUGUCCUCACCUGAUGAAUCCAGUUUGAAUUAUGAAGUAGAGUUCCUGCUUUACCGCACUUGGAUGGAUGAGCGGCUCAUGUAUGAGGAUGCAGGAAGGCAUAGAUAUCUGAAUGGUAUGAGCCACGUCGAUCAUAUAUGGCUGCCGAAUACUUACAUAGUAAAACACGGAAGUCUCAAAGAUCCUCUGGUGGAUAUGAGCCUGAGAGUGUACAGGAAUGGGACAAUUGUUCACAUCAUAAGGAGAGGAAUCUCUAUCAAUUGUCAAGGAAACUUGAAAAUCUUCCCUUUUGACAAUCCAAAGUGCCCUUUUGCUAUUGAAAGUGUGGCACUUGAAGACAACGAGAUGCAGUUGCACUGGGCGGAAAUUUCUCCUUUGGAAUCAGCAACUUCUCUUCAGUCAUUUAAUGCUUAUCUCAUCAAUUCAGAUAUUGGUGAAUGCGGGGAUCUGUUUACUUGGAGAGGUAAAUUCAGCUGCUUGCACAUCCUGCUGGUCUUUACACGAGAUAAAAAUUACUACUUCAGCUCUGUGUUUGUUCCUGGAAUCAUCCUAGUCACAAGUGCUUUCAUUAGUUUUUGGUUGGAUAAAGGCGUCGUUCCAGCAAGAGUGAUGAUUGGUGUCACUACCAUGCUCAGUUUCUGUACAACUACCAACAAUUUCCGGUCAUCUUUGCCCGUCGUUUCCAAUCUCACAGCUCUGAACAUGUGGGAUGGUGUUUGCAUGUUCUUCAUCUACAGCUCACUGCUGGAAUUUGUUAUCGUCAAUUACCUUUACAGGAAACCGGUAAAUCCUGAAACUGAAACGUUUCUAUGCUGCAAAUGCAAAAAGGUAAAUGACGAGAGCCGAGAGAAAGAGGAGGAGGUUGCGACCGAAACCUCCCGAUUCGCUUGGAUCCGUCCUUCGAACUUCACAACUCAACGACUUACUUCGAAAGAGCUCUCUUUCAAAAUUGAAAACAUAGCAAAAGUCGUCUUUCCCACCCUUUUCUCCAUUUUUGUCUUUUUUUAUUUCAUCAUAUUUGCUGCUGUAUUGCCGCAGAAUGAAGAUAACUGGAUCAUCCAACCCUAUUCGAAUGCUAAAGAAGCCCAAAAAAUUGUUUGAGAAUUUAUUAAUUAUAAUAAUAAAUACUCCGCCACCCUCUUAUCUCUAGUACUACAAUACAGGCAUUAGACGUUUUUGACUUCUUUCUUACAAUUUCCCCAGUGUGUCAUAAUAACAUUGCUUUGCCGAUCUACUUCUUUUCAAUUAUAAUUCUGCUGAGAAGGCAGUUCUGAAUGUCUUUCAAAAUGUGUAGGAUUCCUAUUCUGUUGAGUUAUUUGGUGGUAACGAGUCUCCUGAGCAGUAAAUGGUGAGGUUCAAUGUAAUCUUAUGUCUAUUUCCCCAGUGUGUCAAAGUAAUAUUGUUCUCUGGAUCUACUUCUUUUCAAUUAUAAUUCUGCUGAGAAGGCAGCUCUGAAUGUUUCUCAAAAUGUGUAGGAUUCCUAUUCUGUUGAGUUAUUUGGUGGUAACGAGUCUCCUGAGCAGUAAAUGGUGAGGUUCAAUGUAAUCUUAUGUCUAUUUCCCCAGUGUGUCAAAGUAAUAUUGCUCUCUGGAUCUACUUCUUUUCAAUUAUAAUUUUGGUGAGAAGGCAGUUCUGAAUGUCUUUUAAAAUGUGUAGGAUUCCUAUUCAGUUGAAUUUUUUCUUGAUAACGAGUCUCCUGAGCAGUAAAUGGAGAUCUUCAAUUUUAUUCUACGUCAAUUUCCCCAGUGUAUCAAAGUAAUAUUGCUUUGUAGAUCUACUUAUUUUCAAUUAUAAUUCUGCUGAGAAGGCAGUUCUGAAUGUCUUUCAAAAUGUGUAGGAUUCUUAUUCAGUUGAGUUCUGAAUGUCUAUCAAAAUAUGUAGGAUUCCUAAUCAUUUGAGUUUUUUGAUGGUAACGAGUCCCCUGACCAGUAAAAGGUGAGCAUCAUGAUAGCUUAAUGAAGAAAUUACAAUUAUAUUUUGAAAUUUCAUUGGAAAAGUUACAAGGAAUAGUAAUUUUUUAAAAAUAUAAUUGUUUAAUACCCUUUAAAUACUCUCAAUUAUUAUCUAAUAAAAUGUGUAGGAUUCCUACCCAGUUGAGGUUUCCGGUGAUAACAAAAGUCUCCUGAGCUGUAAAAAGCGCGCUCCAAUUUAUGAUAGCUUAAAGAAGAAAUGCCAAUUAUAUUUCGAAGUAUCAAUGGGAAAAUUACAAGGAAUGGUAAUUUUUUAUAAAAUUGUUUAAUCGUGUUUAAAUUCCAAGUUGUUUUUUACACUUCUGUUUUUGACCCAUUUUAUAUUACAAUCUGAUUAAAAAACUGAUCAUGUUUUUUUUAUAUAAUUUUCUUUUUCAUAUGCUUAGUAAUAAACAUAGAUGGAAAAAAAAUUCUUCUCGGCAAGCUGGAAAGCAAAGAUAGAUUCCUUUAUAUCUAAGUUACUAACUGGCAACAUAAAUUGCUGAUGAUAGAAACGGUCAAAAUUAAGGCUUGAAAAUCACUUUCCAGACCCUAAAUAGGAUAUUGCAGUUAUCGAAAAACUUUAAAUACAAAAGUUGAUGGCAUUAAUGAGACGCUAAUUUGGCUAAUUGGAUUUGUUUUCCUAUCUUCAAUAUUAAGAAAGU